AAUCAACUAACUUUUGAAAAAUUAGCAACAAGAACCAGUUAUCAAAGUAGUUAUAUAUAUAAUAAGUAUCGUCGUCGUUGACGAACGACACCGUGCGGCGAGUUAACCUAUUUAUAUAAACAUACUUACAACUUUUUGAAGGAUUUUUUGGAAAAGUCAUGGCUUUCGUUAUAAGCAGAGUCAGCUGUAAACUUUUCCAUGUAUGCACGGUUUCGAGGAAUAGUUACAAACAUUUAAAAUUAUCAAAGGUAUGCACAGUUAAUUUUUCCAUCAAAACUGAAUGUCCUGAAGCAGAAGAAGAAGUUGAAAAGUUAUCUCCACCGAUAGGAGAAGGAAAAAUAUUCAAAAAUGUAGAUCAAGUGGUGUCAGAUAUACCAAAUGGUGCUAAACUUUUGGUUGGUGGAUUUGGACUUUGCGGCAUUCCAGAAAACUUAAUAGCUGCUAUAUUGAAAAAAGGUUCAAAAGAUUUAACUGUUGUUUCGAAUAAUGCAGGUGUCGAAGACUUUGGAUUGGGUUUACUUUUAAAGGAACAUAGAAUUAAAAGAAUGAUUGCUUCUUAUGUCGGUGAAAACUCUGAGUUUGAGAAACAAUAUCUUAAUGGUCAGUUAGAGGCUGAAUUAACACCACAGGGUACAUUAGCAGAACGUAUUCGUGCCGGUGGAGCUGGUAUACCAGCCUUUUAUACUCCUACGGCAUUUGGAACUUUAGUCCAAGAAGGUAACGUGGUUGUGAAAUACGACAAAGAUGGAAAUGCAGAAAUAUCUGGAAAUCCAAGAAGCAUAGCACAAUUCGAUGGUAGAAACUAUAUCAUGGAAACUGCAAUUAAAGGAGACUUUGCACUUGUAAAAGCAUGGAAGGCAGACAAAGCUGGAAAUUUAGUUUUCAGAAAAUCGGCCAGAAAUUUUAAUCCGAUAAUGUGCAAAGCAGCUAAAAUAGCUAUUGCCGAAGUAGAAGAGAUUGUAGAAAUUGGUGAAUUGGAUCCUGAUCACGUGCAUUUGCCUGGUAUUUAUGUAGACAGAAUUGUUAAAGGUCCAUCGUACGAAAAACGAAUAGAGAAACUAAUGACAAAGGAAAUGGUGGUGAAGCCUAAAAAAGUAACACCAGCGAGCAAAGCAAGGGAUAGGAUCGUGAAGCGUGCCGCGCUUGAAUUUGAAGAUGGAAUGUAUGCCAAUUUGGGAGUUGGUAUACCUACUCUUGUGUGCAAGUACAUUCCUAAAAAUGUGAAAGUGACGUUGCAAUCUGAAAAUGGUAUUCUCGGCUUUGGUCCUUACCCAGCUCAAAAUGAGGUUGACCCAGACUUGAUCAACGCUGGAAAGGAGACAGUCACGGUAUUGCCAGGAGCAUCAUUUUUCAGCAGCGAUGAAAGUUUUGCUAUGAUCCGAGGAGGUCAUGUUAACUUGACUAUGCUUGGAGGCAUGCAAGUUUCAGAGACAGGAGAUUUGGCUAACUGGAUGAUCCCAGGAACGAUGGUAAAGGGAAUGGGUGGUGCAAUGGAUUUAGUUUCCGCAGCAUCAACGAAAGUAGUGGUCACUAUGGAACACAAAGCUCGCGAUGGUAGUCCAAAGAUCUUGAAGAGUUGUACAUUGCCUAUAACAGGUCAACGAUGCGUAGAUCUAAUAAUUACCGACAUGGCAGUGUUUGAAGUAGUCGAGGGACAAGGAUUAAAACUUAUCGAAAUUGCGCCUAAAGUUGAUAUAAGCGAAAUCGUUAGUUCUACCGCUUGUGAAUUUUCAGUAGCUGAUGAUCUUCAAGAAAUGAGACAGGUGGACGUAGACGACUGUGAAUAGCAACGAUAAUCUUCUUAAAAUUAAACAAGACAAGAUGAACGAUAUUCUCAAACACUCAAACUCAACUAUCGUUUGGACCAUCGUCGUGGUCCUCAAUUGUACAAUUUUAUACAUAGAUACGUAUCUUUAAGAAUAUAUUGCAAUCGCAUAGCUUACUAUAAUUGUACUAUAAAUAUAUUAUUUACCAUAAUGCGGCGGCUAGAUCUUAACCGGGAAAGUAAUAUAAUUUUGUAAUACACGCGCUGAAAUAAAAA